GGCAAGCGAGUGUGUGCAGUCUGUAAAACGAUAGCUUGAGUGAAGAAGGAGUCUGUGCCUCGUCCCCCCCAAAUCUCGCGUGAUUUUUCUGCAGCGUGAGCGUAGACCACCACAGUUCUGUCGUGCCCACCCGGUCCCAUCACUGGUCUCACGGACAGACAGAGGGGGACACCGAGCAGGCGACAAAGGGCUGAUCGCCCGGCACCAUGGAGCUCAUCCGCCGGCUGCAGCUGGCUAACAGGAAGCGACUCCUUCCGCCAUAAAGAGUCACCAUGGAGCUAAGAUAACCUCUUCCUCUCGUCUUCUCCAAUCACGACUGGAUCUAGUGUAACCAUGGGAACAUGGCGUGGUCUACGCGUGGCUUUCAUCCUGGGGUCUUUGUUUAUGAUCCUGCUGAUCAUCGUGUACUGGGAUGACGUCGGGGGCUUCAACCUCUACCCGCUUCAGGACCCCAAACAUGAGUCACUGCACUCUGAUUCUUACCCUCAGGCAGCUACGGGCCCACCACACUCUGUGUCCACCAGCAGAGCACGCACCAGUUCUGCCUUCACGGUCCACACUACUGCUCUCAGUACAGCGCUGGUCCCUGAGGAGGAAGGUGGAGCGGCUCAGGAACAUACGGAGGUAGAGGGGAAGGAAACUCAAGACCAAAAGAAUGAGGACACAAGGGAGGGUGAGGAGAAGAAAAUGAGUGGUGCUGCAGUGGAGGAAAGGGAACAGGAGGUGAGGAAGCAGAGGAUCAUGGAUGUAUGCUCAGGAAAGGAUGUGGUAGAUUUCCCAGGAAGGACUCGGGCAUUUGAGCAGAUCCCCAACAGAGAGCUAGAUCACCUGAUUGUGGACGACACUCAUCAGAUUAUCUACUGCUAUGUUCCCAAGGUAGCAUGCACCAACUGGAAGAGAGUGAUGGUGGUUCUCUCUCAGUCUCUGAUCUCACCCUCCUCAGGAAAACCUUACACUGACCCAGAGGCGGUCCCUCCUGACCUCGUUCACAACUCGUCUCUACACCUCACUUUUGCCAAGUUUUGGCGCCAUUACGGUUCUCUGUCCCGCCACCUGAUGGCACUCAAGCUUCAGCACUACACCCGUUUCUUUCGACGAGACCCUUUUGUUCGUCUCAUCUCAGCCUUCAGGAACAAGUUUGGAAGGCCCAACGAGGACUUAUACAGGCAGUUUGGCUCGGUCAUGCUGCGUCGGUAUGGUAAUGUGUCUGGUAGUUUGCCAGAGACAGCAGCUGAGGCAUUUGCAGCAGGAAUCAAACCAACGUUUCAGCAGUUUGUCUCAUACCUGCUGGAUCCUGAGACGGAGAAGGAGAGUAUCUUUAACGAACACUGGCGGCAGGUGUAUCGUCUGUGCCAUCCAUGCCAGGUGAAGUACGACUUCAUUGGACGACUGGAAACCCUGGAAACAGACGCAGAGCAUCUGCUGAAGCUCCUGGAGGUAGAUCAUCUGCUACACUUCCCUUCAGGAGCCCGAAACCGCACUGCAGCAAGCUGGGAGAGAGAUUGGUUUAAACAGAUUCCCUCGUCAAUGAGGAGAGAUCUGUACAAACUGUACCAGCCAGACUUUGAGCUGUUUGGGUAUCCCCAACCUGACAGCGUGCUCCACCGGUAGACCUCACAGAGCCAAAGGCCAGGGCGCUGCACUGUGUGUAGAGCCCGCCACCUCACCUACCUGUGCACAGCAGCAUAUGCCUUUUAAAGACUCGUCUAUGAUGCUGAUUGUUUAAUUUGUUUGGUGCAUACCUCACUGACUGAAGUGCCUGCCAGUAUUAUUUUAUUUUUUCAUCAUUACAUAUCUGAAGCACACCCGCUUACUCUAGCUACAUUACCCUAGUGUUUUCCACAUGUUAAAGCACUUUGAAUAGCAUUUUUGGCAGUCAAGGGGAAGUCCAGCCAGCAGUAGGCUGACAUGUCUGAAGGGAACAAUGUUGCAGAGAAAUAAGGAUUUUUUAAACUUG